CUUCCACACCAUAUCAUAUGAGCCAGAAUCAUCCACUCUAUCCCGUCUCUACAAACUCAAGUAAAAACUUUAGGAAUCAUGCCGGAUUCCAACGACCAGCCACUAGACGAACUCCGAUGGGGCGGCGAGACUAAGAUCCUUCUAGGAAAGUACGAGCUCGGCCGUCUCCUCGGCUGUGGCGCCUCAGCAAAGGUCUAUGUCGCUCGCAACCUCCGCACAGGACAGAGCAUGGCUAUCAAAUGCUUCAGUAAGCUUCGAAUCUCGAAGGGCAGCUUCGUGAAUCACAUUAAGCGUGAGAUUUCCAUUCUCCGCUGCCUUCGACACCCCAAUAUCAUCCACCUCCAUGAGGUCCUCGCCUCACGAUCCAAGAUUUACAUGGUCCUCGACCUCGCCAAGGGCGGCGAGCUCUUCGACCGCGUCUCCAACGCCGGCCAGCUGCCGGAAAAUCUAUGCCGUCGCUAUUUCCAGCAACUCAUCGCUGCCGUCAGUUACUGCCAUUCCCGCGGCGUCUUUCACCGAGAUCUAAAGCUCGAGAACCUUCUUCUCGACGAGAACGGCGAUCUCAAGGUCUCUGACUUCGGCCUUUCGGCGAUUUCCGACCAGGUCCAAGCCGAUGGUCUUUUCCACACGCUGUGCGGAACCCCGGCCUACGUAGCUCCGGAGAUUCUCGACAAAAAGGGAUAUAGCGCCGCAGCCGUCGAUCUCUGGUCCUGCGGCAUCAUACUGUUUGUGCUCGUCGCCGGCUAUCUCCCCUUCAAUGACUCUAGUCUCAUUGCGAUGUACCGCAAGAUCUAUAAUGGCGAGUACCAUUGUCCUAAAUGGACAUCGCUCGAGCUCAGGGAUCUCAUCGGCCGCCUCCUCGACAAAAAUCCCGAGACCAGAAUCACCGUUGAGGAAAUCUUGGCUCAUCCGUGGUUCCGAAAAGGACUUGAUGAGAAAAAAUUGGCUAAGAUGGGGAGUUUUCAAGAGGAGGCUGAAGCGGAUGAGUACUACAAGAUUUCGAAAGCGGAGGCGGUGGAUGCUGAGGAAAGACAGCUUAACGCCUUCGACAUCAUAGGGUUUUCUUUUGGGACUGAUCUCUCCGGGCUUUUUGAUAAGCAGGCGGAGAGGGAGAGGUAUGUCUCGGUUGAGGCGCCGGAGGUGGUUCUCCGGCGUGUGGAGGAGGCGGGGAGAAAGGAGGGAUUGGUAGUGAGCAGGAAAGGGGAAAAGGGGCGCGUUGGGGUGGCGUUACGGGGGCAAAGUGGGAAUUUAGUUGUUGGAAUGGAGGUUUACCGGCUGAGCGACGAUUUGACUGUGUUGGAGGUUCAGAGGGACCGGUCCAUCGAUGGUGGGGACCGCUGGGCUGGCGAAUUUUGGCGAGAAAUUCCACCUGGGAACCGGCGUAAACUGGUCGUCAAAUCCGUGCCCCGGCCGGCGGCGAAUCGCUAAGAUCCGUGCCGUCCUGAUUUUGCUGUUUUGAAGGAAAGACCGGCGGGUGAUUAGUCGUCAAUGAAUCAAGUCCAUGCAGGUUAUGUGUUAACUGUGAAUUUUGUGUAUAUUAGAAUUUUUUUUUAUUUUUUAGGUACGAAUCUCAUGGGGGAAUCAAUGUUUGAUUCCGCUGAUCGAUUUGAGCUCAGGACUUGGCUGGUUUAUGCUAUAAUAAUAUUAAAUGAUGCGUUGGAAGAAAAAAAAGAAUAUAAUUUUAAA